AACGUGUCUACGUUUUAGAGGAUAGAAAAAGCCUCUUUUUUUUUUCUUUUUCCAACUUUUUUUUCUUCUUCCCUGUCUUCUUUCCAUAGAUAGAUGGAUGAUAACACAGAGAAAUCAGAGAGAGUAGAAGAAUUCAAGUAUGAUUUCACCGGCGGCGACGGGGUUGUGAAGGAGCAAGAUCGGCUACUUCCGAUAGCGAAUGUGGGGAGGAUAAUGAAGCAAAUUCUUCCUCCAAAUGCCAAAAUCUCCAAAGAAGCCAAAGAAACUAUGCAGGAAUGUGUGUCAGAGUUCAUCAGCUUUGUCACCGGCGAGGCGUCCGAUAAGUGCCAUAAGGAGAAGAGGAAGACGGUGAACGGCGACGACAUCUGCUCGGCCUUGGCGACGCUCGGUUUCGACGAUUACGCGGAGCCUUUGAGGAGGUAUUUGGUUAGGUAUAGAGAGAUGGAAGGGGAGAGAGCUCAACAGAAUAAGGGAUGCUGCAAUAGUUCUAAUCUUGAUGUAUGAGAGAGAUUUUGAAGAGACUAAUUUUAGUCUGAAAGAUCAAAAACAAAAAAAAAAAAGAUGAAAAGAUGAAACUGUCCUCUUUAUCUCUCUCUUUUUUCAAUUGGGUUAUGAAUUUUUUUUUUCUUUUUUGACUUUCUUGAAUGGGUUUUUUGAGAUGAGAAGCCAAGAUCAGCUCAAAUGGGGAAAUUGGGGAAUGUUGUUUUAAUUUUCUGACUGAAAAAAAAUAUGUUUUUGUGGGUAUUGUCUUUGAAUGAACUAUUAUUGUGAGUUA